AUGGCGGAAUCUGCAGUGUGUUCUUCAUUCCAACUGGGGAGACCCCGGUACGAUCAGGGGUCCUUCCUCGGCCGACUGAGGCACUUUGUCGACAUCAUUGACCCCACCACUCUAUUUGUCUCAGAGACGCAGCUCCAAGCCAGCCUCAAGCUUCUGAAUGAUUUUAAAUGUGGCAUUGUUCCAGCAGGAGUGUCUGACGAUCAGCUGUGGGAGGCUCAGAAGAUCAAGCAGGCCAUCAUUCAUCCUGACACAGGAGAGAAGAUCUUCAUGCCAUUCCGUAUGUCAGGUUAUGUACCAUUUGGAACUCCAAUAGUCAUAGGCCUUCUUCUGCCAAAUCAGACUGUGCUGUCUACCAUUAUAUGGCAGUGGCUGAACCAAAGUCACAAUGCCUGUGUGAACUAUGCAAAUCGUAACGCUACAAAGCCAACGCCAACAUCCAAGUUUCUCCAAGGAUAUGUUGGAGCUGUUUCCAGCGCCGUCUCUAUUGCAGUGGGUCUGAACGUGUUGAUCGAGAAAGCCCACAGACUGAGCCCUGCCACACGAAAGGUCAUUCAGAGACUGGUGCCGUUUCCAGCCGUGGCCUGUGCGAACAUCUGUAACGUGGGGCUGAUGAGACACAAUGAACUGUCAGAAGGUAUCGACGUCCUGGACAGCAAAGGCUCCGUGGUGGGCUCUUCUAAGAUCGCAGCCAGACACGCGAUCAUGGAGACAGCUUUCACACGUGUGGUGCUGCCGAUGCCGAUCUUUGUCCUGCCGCCCAUCAUCAUGUCCUUCCUCGAAAGGCUACGAUUCCUUCAGAAGAACCGCCGACUGCUGCUGCCCAUCCACAGUGCAGUGUGCCUGGUCACCUUCGGCCUGUCUCUGCCCGUGGCCAUCAGCCUGUUCCCACAGAUGUCUCAGAUCGAGGUGUCUCGCCUUGAGCCAGAGAUUGCCAUGGCAACUGAUUGCAAGGUGGUGACCUACAACAAGGUGUGUCCACAGAGCGGCGCCACCUUCCAGCUGCAGACCUCACAGUCCGGGGUGAAGUCCAACAUGGCGGCCCCCGUGGAUGACAUGUUUUCUCUGUGCGUGGAGCCAGCGAAAGUUCCAAGCGGCGUAGAAAUCAGAUUUAUCGACCACGUCAAGGGGAAAGGACUCUUUUCCAAAAAGAGUUUUAAAAAGGGGGAGACUCUUUUCGUUGAGCGCCCACUCGUCUCGGCUCAGUUUCUUUGGAAUUCUCUCUAUAAAUACAAAGCCUGUGAGUACUGCUUACGGGCGCUUGAGACUGCAGAACAAAAUGCUCGAAGACUCAGUGGAAACCCAGCACUCAGCCUCCCGCACACAGAGCUGUGCAAAGUGCGUCCGGAGCUGCACCAGGCCUGCCCCCAGUGCCAGGUGAUGUACUGCAGCAGUGAGUGUCGUCAGGCGGCUGCAGAUCAGUAUCACCGGAUUCUUUGUAUUGGCUCCUCUGAGGACGACCCUGAUCACCCCCUCAACAAACUCAAAGAUGCCUGGAGGAGUAUUCAUUAUCCUCCAGAGACCUCCAGCAUCAUGCUCAUGGCCAAAAUGGUUGCUGCUGUGAAGCAGGCUAAAGACAAAGCUCACUGGCAGAGACUCUACUCACACUUCUGCAGCCGGACAGCGAACGAGGAGGAGCAGAUCGCCCACAAGCUCUUAGGAGAGCAGUUCAAAGGGCAACUGUCCUUGUUACGUAGUCUCUUUACAUCAGCACUUUUUGAAGAUCAUCUCAGUCGGUGGUUUGUCCCCGAAGGAUUCUGCUCCUUAUUUGCUCUGGUGGGGACCAACGGCCAAGGCAUCGGCACUAGUUCUUUGAGUCAAUGGGUCAACGCUUGUGAUGCGUUGGAGGUUCCUGGCCAGCAGAGGGAGCAGUUGGACUCUUUUAUCGACCAGCUGUACAAGGACAUAGAGAAAGAAACUGGAGACUUUCUCAACUGUGAGGGUUCCGGGCUGUUUAUACUUCAGAGCACUUGUAACCACAGCUGCAUACCCAACGCAGAAGCUUCGUUCCCAGAUAAUAACUUCCUGCUCCACCUCACUGCCCUCUGUGACAUCAGCCCCGGAGAGGAGAUCUGCAUUAGUUAUCUGGAUUGCUGCCAGCGGGACCGAAGCCGCCACAGCAGAAACAAAGUUCUAAGGGAAAACUACCUGUUCGAGUGCUUGUGUCCAAAGUGCUCGUCUCAGAUGGAGGAGCUGGACAUGACGUCGGAGGAGGAGGAAGAGGAGGAUGAAGGAGACGCAGAAGGAGAAAUGGAGGAUGAGAUGACGGACGUGUGA